GAAUCAUCACUGGAGGAAGCUGAUAAACUUUUAAAACGAAGUACCACCGCGGAAGUUGUUCAACUCAAAAAAUCACUACAAACAAUUUUUCAGGGAUUUAAUCAAACCGAGCCUAUUGUUCAUGACCCCAGUAGUCUGCAAACUUUAGUUUUCGUGGAAAAUCAGAAGACGAUUGAUACCGUCAACGGGGAAGAACUUGGUUUCCUAUGCAUGGAAGAAGGUUAUCGAAAAAAACCGAGCGAAUUUUUGGCUGAAGGUGAAGGACUGAAAGAAGGAACUGUUGGGCGUAAAGCUCAAUUUAAUUUGAUCACAAGAAACGCGGAGAGAAAACAGUGGUAUAAUGAACACGACCGUGUAAAGGUAGAGAUCAAGGAUGAACAAGAACGAGAAUACAUGACCCAAUUGAAAAUAGAUGAUAACAAAAAUGGAAUCUACAAAAUCACUUAUUUUCCCAUAGUCCAGGGGACAUUCAAAUUAUUAGUUAAGGUAAACGGGGAACAUAUUUCUUGCAGUCCUUUUACUGUGAUUUUAAAACCAUUUCAAGUCAAACCUGUUUUAUCUUUUGGAAAGCAAGGCUCGGGUGAUGGAAUGUUUAAGCGUCCUAUGGGUGUGGCAGUGGGUGCUGAGGACGAAAUAGUUGUAGCUGACUGCGAUAAUCAUCGGGUUCAAGUGUUUGACAGUAAUGGUACUUUUUUAAGAUCCUUUGGUCGCAAAGGUGAAAACGAUGGAGAGUUCAACUACCCUGCUGGAAUAGCCAUUAAUAAGGGUAGACAAAUCUUCGUAGCAGACCGUAAUAACCACAGAAUACAGAUCUUUAGCUGGGAGGGGAGGCACCUGGGUUCAUUUGGCGGCAAAGGAAGCCUUGAUAGUCAGCUCCUCAACCCUCGGGGUUUAUCCUUAGAUAGUACUGGUAAUAUUAUUGUUGCCGAUGCAGGUAACAAACUGAUGAAGAUCUUUACCCCGGAUGGUAGGUUUGUAAUGAAGAUAGGUGGAUCUUUUAGUUUUCCUGAUCACUGUGUUCAGUGUGGUGAAUAUCUCAUAGUGUCAGACUUCAGUGAACACUGUAUCAAAGUAUUUAACAGGGAGGGGCAUUUUCAGUACAAGUUUGGUAAGCAGGGGGAGGGGGACGGAGAGUUUAAUAAUUUACGUUUUAUGUCAGUGACUCAGUCAAAGCACCUGUUGGUUUGUGAUGGGAAGAAUCAUAGAAUACAAGUCUUUAAACUAGAUGGGAAGUUUGUCGGAAAAUUUGGAACGAAUGGCAGCAAAUUAGGAGAAUUCAAUUAUCCAUUCUCGGUAACUGUUCUAAGUAAUGAUCAAAUUGUUGUGUGCGACAACAAUAAUAAUCGCUUUCAGAUAUUUCAAUAAAAAUUCUCCUUUUUUCCGGAGAAAACUAUAUGCUAGCAAAUUCCUCUUUGAUUAAUAAAUGCAUUUGUCAGUUGUACAACAGUGCUUUUAUGUUAUUGUAGGCAAGUGAAACCACAUUAAGUUCGAGGUGAAACCUUGUGGUCUUAAAUCAAGUGAUGUACAUAACUUAUUCGUUGAAGGAAUGAGUCAACUGGAAUAUUUUUUAAAUAAAGUUCUGUAUUCGAUAAACGAUUUCUUCUUUAAUUCUUACUAAUAUUCAUUCUCAACCAAGUUACAGAAAGGUGGUAGUGGUAAGCUUUUUUGAAACAGAAAUACGUUAUUGCUGAAUACCUAUUUGUGCUUCAGAAACUUAUAAAUAUUCAAUAAGCAUAUUCUUGUGAAAGCGCAUGUAAAAUUUAUCUGACUUUCAUGACCGAAAAGUCAGAGAAGAGAUUUGAAGUCAGCCUUGGGGAGCUCGAGAUACGGAGUUGAAUGACUAAAACAGUGGAAUGCUAUGCUGCUGAUUGGGAUGGAGAGGUCAUUGGGAAUCAAUUAAAAAGUGAAAAAUUCAACGGAAACCUUAUACAUGUAGAUUCCGAAAAAAAGAUAUUCAACCUACUGAACAAAAGAGUGUCAUUCUAUUAGAGCUUAUUCUUAAAUAAAAUAAGGAGCUUUUUAACCUAGAAAACUCUGGCACUAAAAAGCAAAACAUGUGGGGCUGCUUAGCAUGUUAAGAAUGAGUCAAUUCUUACCUGUAUUCGAUUCCAUAAAAUUCCCAAAGACCCUCAUAUUGCGUUGCAAUCACUCUCCUCCAUUAACUUCUUUUCUCUCGUGCUGUUGUCAACGGUGGAAAUCCGAAGCUUAAGCAACGACGAGAACGACAAAAAGCAAUAAGUCUAUUCAUUUAUUUGCAACAUGUACGUGUAUGGCUGUUGCAUUUGCAAUUAUAAUUUUUAAGCAAACAAUUAAAAAGAUUCUAACGGGUAAAUGCGAUGGUUUUAAGCUUUUGUUGCAAAUGAAUCCAUGCACCCUCACGACUUAUUUGCAUAAUUUUACUGUGAUUUUAAAACCAUUUCAAGUCAAACCUGUUUUAUCUUUUGGAAAGGAAGGCUCGGGUGAUGGAACGUUUAAGUAUCCUUAUGGGGUGGCUGUGAAUGAUAGGGACGAAAUAGUAGUAGCUGAUCAAUGUAAUCAUCGGGUUCAAGUGUUUGACAGUAAUGGUACUUUCUUAAGAUCCUUUGGUCGCUUGGGUGAAAAUGCUGGAGAGUUCAACCAUCCUUUUGGAAUAGCCACUGAUAAGGAUAGAAAAAUUUUUGUAGCAGACAGUGAUAACCACAGAGUAAAGAUUCUUAGUUGUAAGGGGAGGCGUCUGGGUUCAUUUGGUGGCAAAGGAAGCCUUGAUAGUCAGCUCCUUAACCCUUGGGGUUUAUCCUUAGAUAGUACUGGUAAUGUUAUCGUUGUUGAUAGAGGUAACAAACUGAUUAAGAUCUUUACCCCGGAUGGUAGGUUUGUAAUGAAGAUAAGUGGACAGGGUUCUUUGAUUUUACCUGUUCACUGUGUUCAGUUUGGUGAAUAUUUCAUAGUGUCAGACUCAACUGAACACUGUAUCAAAGUAUUUAACAGGGAGGGUCAUUUUCAGUACAAGUUUGGUAAGAAGGGGGAGGGGGACGGGGAGUUUAAUUGUCCACGUUUUCUCUCAGUGACUCAGUCAAAGCACCUGUUGGUUUGUGAUAGGGAGAAUCAUAGAAUACAAGUCUUUGAACUAGAUGGGAAGUUUGUAGGAAAAUUUGGAACAAAUGGCAGCAAAUUAGGAGAAUUCAAGGCGCCAUUCUCGGUAGCUGUUCUAAGUAAUGAUCAAAUUGUUGUGUGCGACAACAACAAUCAUCGAAUUCAGAUUUUUCAAUAA